CGUGACGGCCGCGCGCCUGGCUCUCGCUCCCCGCCUGGCUCGAGCCGCAGAGGCCGGUGAGGCGCCGGCGGCCACGCCGCGGAGGUCGCUGGCCGGGCGGAGCUGGGCGUUGGGGCCAGCGCGUGCAUGGAGGCGGCGCUGGCGGCCCCCUGAGGGCAGCUAGGAGACCCGACUCGGCGACCUCGCGCAUCCCUCGAGCAGCCACGCGCUGUGGGCACCGGGCGGCGGCGGGCCGCGGAGCCGGCGCGGCCAUGGCGACGGACGGCCGGCAGAAGGAGAACACGCUGCUUCACCUCUUCGCCGGCGGGUGCGGAGGUACAGUUGGUGCUAUUUUCACUUGUCCACUAGAAGUCAUUAAGACACGGUUGCAGUCUUCGAGAUUAGCCCUCCGAACAGUCUACUAUCCUCAGGUUCAUCUGGGGACCAUUAGUGGAGCUGGAAUGGUGAGACCAACAUCCGUGACACCUGGACUCUUUCAGGUUCUGAAGUCGAUCUUGGAGAAAGAGGGACCAAAGUCACUUUUUAGAGGCUUGGGUCCAAAUUUGGUUGGAGUUGCACCAUCAAGGGCUGUAUACUUUGCAUGUUACUCCAAAGCCAAAGAGCAAUUUAAUGGCAUUUUCGUGCCUAACAGCAAUAUUGUGCAUAUUUUCUCAGCUGGCUCUGCAGCUUUUAUCACAAAUUCCUUAAUGAAUCCUAUAUGGAUGGUUAAAACCCGAAUGCAGCUAGAACGAAAAGUGAGGGGCUCUAAGCAGAUGAAUACACUCCAGUGUGCUCGCUACGUUUACCGGACCGAAGGCAUUCGUGGCUUCUAUAGAGGAUUAACUGCCUCGUAUGCUGGAAUUUCCGAAACGAUAAUCUGCUUUGCUAUUUAUGAAAGUUUAAAGAAGUAUCUGAAAGAAGCUCCAUUGGCGUCUUCUGCAAACGGGACUGAGAAAAAUUCCACAGGUUUUUUUGGACUUAUGGCAGCUGCUGCUCUUUCUAAGGGCUGUGCCUCCUGCAUUGCUUAUCCACACGAAGUCAUAAGGACGAGGCUCCGGGAGGAGGGCACCAAGUACAAGUCCUUUGUUCAGACGGCGCGCCUGGUGUUCCGGGAAGAAGGCUACCUCGCCUUUUAUAGAGGACUCUUUGCCCAGCUCAUCCGGCAGAUCCCAAAUACUGCCAUUGUGUUGUCUACUUACGAGUUAAUUGUGUACCUGUUAGAAGACCGUACUCAGUAACAGGCCAGAAAAUUUUGCUCUAGAAGAAUAAAACUGAAAAACUCUAGAGAAUUUUUUUUUCCCCAUUGAUGUUUAGAAUGAGUGAGACUGAAACAGGAAAGGCCAUAAAAUGUCUGGCUCAUGUCACCUCUUGGACAUUUCCUUUUGGAUUCAUGCUUUCUGGAAGGUUUAAAUUCAUUAACGUUAAUAGUUAAUUAUAACUUUUUUUUUUAACUUAAGAGGAUUCAGGGUUAAGCAGCAACUAAAUUAAAUCAUGCUAUUUAAUUUAAGUAUA